GCUCACCUCACACUCCCUCAACCGAGCCGCUUUGCCCUUUUUAACAAAGGCAACCGGCCCUUCGGCCGGGAGGAAAAACCUCAAGCUAGCGGAGAGCGAAGGGGCCGUGAAACGAUAGGCGAAAAUUGGGUCCUUGCGACACCCUCAGGCUCCUCGAGGGAACUACAGCCUUUGGGCGGAAAGGGUUGUGCAGGCUGAAGGGCGCCUGACUCUAAAACUACAACUCCCGGCAUGCUCGGAAAUUUAGAAGCGAUCAGCUGACGAGAGGAAGGUUGCCAGCCGCAGCAUUUCCCCUUCAGUUUUGCGAGAAGGUUUGCGAUGCUGCGCCCCAAAGCCUUGACCCAGGUGCUGAGCCAGGCCAACACGGGAGGCGUUCAGAGCACCUUGCUUCUGAACAAUGAGGGCUCUCUCCUUGCAUAUUCUGGUUACGGAGACACAGAUGCCAGAGUCACGGCUGCCAUUGCCAGCAACAUCUGGGUGGCGUAUGACAAGAAUGGCCACCAGGCAUUCAAUGAAGACAACUUGAAGUUCAUCCUCAUGGACUGCAUGGAGGGCCGCGUUGCAAUCACCAGAGUUGCCAACUUGUUGCUGUGCAUGUAUGCCAAGGAGACAGUGGGCUUCGGCAUGCUGAAAGCAAAGGCACAAGCUCUGGUCCAGUACCUGGAAGACCCGCUCACCCAGGUGGCAGCAUCAUGAGCUGUGGAGCCAGACAGAGGGGGGAAAAGGCUUUUGGGACUUUCCUCAGCGGGAGCCUAUUUCCGAAACAGACUUUCAUACAAGAUAAACCGGGUGCUUGACGGGGGUUUUUGGCUUGCAGACUCGGCCUCCUAGCAAUACUGUGGAUCACACUGGCCAUCUGUAUUAUAUGUCUUUCAAAUAAAUCUAAAACUAAGGUGGGAAGAGAAUAAAAAAGCUGUGUUUAUCA